AUGCCGACGCCUCCCCAUGCGCUUAGCUGCAUCACGUGUCGCAGCCGCAAGAUCCGCUGCGACAAAGUCCACCCGUGCUCUGCCUGCCGUCGCGCUGGCGUUGAAUGCGUCUUCCCCGCCCAGCGCGCCCAACGCAAAAAGCACGGCCGCCGCAAUGAGGAAUUGCUCCGCCGACUCGACCAUCUCGAGGGUCUCGUCGACCGUCUGGGAGGCGAGGUAGCCGUGGCUGCGCAUGCUGCCAGUGGCGAGCCACUGCCGCAGCCCGAGCAAAAACUUCCCGCCGAAUACAUGCCCAGCACCUUGACGCCCCACCUGCGCCAGCCACGCGGCCCUCCGCGCGAGGAUGGCACCUACCCUGUCAUGAAAGAAGACGGUGGUCGCUAUCUAGGCGAGGACUUCUGGACUAGCCUCAGUACAGAGGUCGAGGGUCUUAGGGAGCUCCUGAACGAACCAGAGUCAGAAGAAGAAGAGCAGCCUGAAGCUUCGCAGACAAGCAGAAGCCCCCCACCCAUUCAUGAUGUCUACGAGAAACGCCUGAUGAACAGCCUUUUUGUCUUCAGCGGCGACAUCGAAGCGACAGAUCUGAGGUGGCUCCAUCCCCCUGGCCCACAGAUAUUGAAACUAUCCGACGUCUACUGGGACCGUGUUGAUCCAAUCUACAAAGUCCUGCACCGCCCCACAACCGAGCCGCUGCUACACGUUGUGGCACAAGACAGUGCUUCCAUUCCCAAGGGCGCUGGCUACGAGGCUUUGUUGUUCGCCAUCUACUUUGCAGCAGUGACCUCGUUGACUCCAGAAGAAUGCCUUCAGCUUCUUGGAAAGGAACGGGCGAAUCUUGCCGGUCAAUUCCGUCAUUGUUGUGAGAUAUCCCUGGCCAACGCCGACUUUCUGAACAGCACAGACCUGCAGGUCCUUCAAGCAUUUGCUCUCUAUCUUGUCGUUCUACGCUGCCACAACAAGACCCGUUCGGUAUGGACGCUGGUCAGUCUCGCAGUCCGCAUAGGUCAGGAUCUCAAUCUCCACCGUGAUGGAACUGUCACUGGAUUCUCUCCUUUUGAGACCGAGAUGCGCCGACGUCUCUGGUGGCAGAUUGCUGUACUUGAUAUCCGCGCUUGCGAAGAUCGAGGCUCCUUUCCUCUGAUAGACCACCACCUCUGCAGCACCAAAAUGCCCCUUAACAUCAACGAUGAUGACAUAAGUCCAGACUCGCGCAUCGCACCUCCCGAGAGAAUAGGAUGCACCGACGUGAGCUUCUCUCGCCUCUGCCAGGAAGCCUCCAUGGUAGCGCCCAAAUUCUUCAGCCCAGUUCCCGCAGACGCAGACGAUGACGAAAAACGAGAUCACUGGCAGACACAAAUCCAGCAGGAAGUUGAACGCUUCAAGGAGCGUCUCCAUGAGAAGUUCAUCAUCCACAUUAACCCCUCUGUCCCAAUUCAGUUUGUCAUCUCGCAGGUCGUGCAGAUCGUCACGGCCGAAUUCUGGCUACUGGUUCACUACCCAAUCCAAACCCGCCGCUACGCGUUCAAGUCCAAAGCCACGAAGCAGGAAAUCUUGAGCACUGCCAUAACUCAUUUACGCGUCGAUUACGGAUUGCAGAGCCACCCAUUUUCGUCAAAGUACAAGUGGUACUAUGAUACGUAUGUCCAGUGGCAUCCGCUCGCGGUUACUCUCGCAGAGCUCUGCGUCCAGACCCGCGGCUCACUGGUCGAAGAGGCAUGGAGAAUCGUCGACGCUGUGUAUGAUCGCGCGCGCUCUCGCGUCACAGAUGUCUCGCUCUGGCGGCCAGUCAGAAAGCUACAUCAGAAAGCCCGUAGAGCCCGCGCAGCAGCUCUCCGCGGUCAAGGUGGCAUUUUGGCAGAAGAUGACGACCUGACGUCCGGUAGCCAUGAUGCCUCGGAGUCGCCAGCGUCCAUUUCGGAAAGGUCUAUGCCGCAGCUCCCACUCGAUAAUCUUGGCAGGUAUCUUGCCACUGCCGGCCAGCAACAGCAGCAGCAGCAGCAUCCACAGCAGAGUACCGCAUAUCACUCUGCACUGGCUGACGAUAACCUCGCUGCCUUCACCCAAGUUCUGCCCUCAUCUUCAUCGCCAACAGCAGCCAUGGUCGCUGGUGGACAACAACUACCACAACAUCACCAUCCCCACCGACAAAUAAUGCCGGCAGCCACAUCAGCAACUACAAUACCCAGUCAGCAUUUGGACGUCCUUUCUGCCGUGGAUUUAUCGGCCAUGAACCUCGACGCGGCAUAUGGCGGGGGCGAUCCGGUCAACUGGCCGGACUGGGAUGAGUUUGUGCGGAGCACUUGGGCUGCUGAGGACCCUAACGCGCCGCAGCAGAAGACGAACACGCCCGAGUGGUUACUGGAUAUGGGGAUGGGCGAUGAUGGUAGUGGUGGCGGUGGGGUAGAGUACAGAUGA